AUGUUUAAUUAUCUCACCGUGCUAUUAACUUUUCAAUUUUCCCUAUUUGGUUUAUCAAAAGCAAGUUGUAAGUGUCCACUAUGCCCAACUAACGCAUGUUCUGUCCAAAACUUAUGUCCGCCACCGGUUAUUUGUCAACCCAAAAUCUGUCCAGCAUUGCCAGUUUGUCCUAUUAUGUUGCCAAGAUCUUGUCCAGUAUGCAUCAAACCGAUCAUAAAACCGUUGCAAAUCCCAGUUGUAAAACCAAUUUAUAAAGUAAUUAAUAAACCAAUUAUUGUGAACAAAUGUUGCAAAACAUGUGACGAACAAUGUACUGUACGAAUGAAACGAAAUAUUUCAAACAGUACAAUUGUAACAGUAAAUUCCGCAUGCAACAAUAAAAUGCUCGGCAAAAUCAUCGCUGAGACGAUGACAUCGAAUCCAAUAACAUCACAAAAGCUAAUCAUGGAAAGAGUGACAAAAUCGUUGGGUCAAUACAAUAUAUUUUGUAGUACCGGUAAUCUUACUUAUGUUGCAUACACCGGUGAUUUUUGUCAAGUGGCUAAAGACGGCAUUGUAUGUUAUGUCUUCAAAAAUCUAUGA